UAUAGUCUCAGCUCUCCUUGCUCAGGAGGGGUCAUCUUCAGUUCAGGAAGGACCAACGUGGGCUCAUUAAAUCUUUAGAGCGUCUUUGCUGCUUUCCGAGAAGACUCACGUACUAUCUCUGCAAACCCUGGUUUUAGUUCCACUUCCCAUGCGUGUUUACUUUAUGCCAGUUAAAUGUUUGCACAGUGCUUUGGAAAAUGGGAAGUGCUGCAUAAAUGAGGACCAGAGCACCCUGAGGGAUGCCCAAGAAGUUCCAGGGCGAGAACACCAAGUCGGCUGCUGCCCGCGCAAGGAAAGCUGAGGCCAAGGCAGCAGCCGAUGCCAAGCGGCAGCAGGAGCUGGAAGAUGCCUUUUGGAAGGAUGAGGACAAACACGUCAUGAGGAAGGAACAAAGGAAGGAGGAGAGGGAGAAGCGCCGGCUGGAGCAGCUGGAGCGCAAGAAGGAGAUGCAACGCCUGCUGGAAGAGGAAGAUGCGAAGCUGAAAGGGAAGUUACCGAAAUCAGUCACACCAGGCAAGAUCACCAGGGCUCAGAUUGAAGACACAAUCCGGAAAGACCAGCAACAGAAGGAGAACGGAGAUGAAGUGGAGAAGCAGAAGAGCCACCUUGAUGUUCCCUUGGAGGAAAACAUCAACAGAAGAGUGUUGGAGGAAGGCACCGUGGAAGCCAGAACUAUUGAAGAUGCUAUUGCAGUCCUCAGUGUUGCUGACGACCUGGACCGUCACCCAGAGCGCCGGAUGAAAGCUGCCUUUGCCACGUUUGAAGAGAUCAAUCUGCCACGCCUAAAGCAGGAGAACCCCAACAUGCGCCUCUCCCAGCUCAAGCAGCUCCUCAAGAAGGAGUGGAUGAGGUCCCCAGACAACCCAAUGAACCAGAGGCACAUGACCUACAACAGCCAAAAAUAGAACUGGAAAGAAGCCAGCCAUCCCUCUGAGGCCCUAGGGCUUCCUUCAAACACGUAAGAAAACAAGGCCACCCAGGAACCUUGCCUCAUUUAUUCCCCCUGCCCCCUCUCCAUCUCUUUUGUGCCCUGUUGUUGGACUCCUAAUUAAACAUGAGGCUUCCUGAUCCAAACAGAUGCGUGCAGCUCUUCUCGGGGUGCCCCAGGGAGCCUGGCUCCCUGAUUUUGGCUGGAGCCUUGCCUGCUGCAGAUGUUCUGAAACUGUCCGUUGUAUACAGACCUCUCCAGAGCAGCCCGUUUUUUAUAUCCUUAGGCAGCUGGGCCAAAGCAACCCGGACGGAUUAACUCUAUCUUUAACUUUGAAAAUCGUGGUAGUCCUUUUGGAAGUGUCACUCCUGCCCCCCCCCGGAGAGCUCAGAGCAUUGUACCAAAUCUGGCACUGCCAUAUGGACGCUCCCAGCACCAUCCAUGACUGUCUAGACAUCUGAGCUGCCCAGCACCACAUUUAAGCCCCUCUCCCAUUCAAACUGAAGUGUUCUCUUUUUAUCCCAGUCUCUCUUGUAGCUGCCCUAACACCUUGUUUACAAGAAUCCUCUCAAUGCUGAACUGGUGACAUGUGGCAAGAGAACAGCGUGACGAAGGCAUCUGCUCUGGGCCACAGGUCAAGCAGCGCUAGGUUGUUCUGGGAAGAGGUAAUGGGCUAGGAGUGGGUUUUAACCCUAACUGCUAAGCCACCAUCCUGCCUGCAGUUGCCCACUGCUGUUUCCUCGGUGUCAGUCAGUGACACAGCGGGGGCAGGGAGUGGAAUCGAAGGAUAUGAACAGUAUUAGAGGAAACUCUUCCAGUGCAGCCACUUGUCGUUCUCUGCCUUCCCUUCCAUCUCCAAGGGAAAAGCAAAGGACCUUGAUGACCUAGCACAGUGCAGUUGCCUCCCUAACGCUGCAGAGUGUAAGGUGCUAUCACUUCUCUACACAGAGUUCCCCGCAGCCCAUGUGUGGGAAUCCUAGAGCUUUGCAGCGGGAGAUCAGAAUGGGACUUCAGAGAACACUACACAUGAAGAGCAGUCUUAAGCCGGGAAGACUGGGGCCUCUUGUAGCCUGGGGUGCGUUUUCCUCUCGAAAGGGAAAUGUGGAUCUUGCACCAUGGCAACUAACGCAAGGGGUCAAAAUGACUUUCUCCCACCUACUGCGUGAAAGCACCAGUUUGACACCCUGCUCUGUGUUGCCCUAGACACACCCCUUCACCAGGAGCCCUUUAAACUCUGCUCGCUGGCCCAAUCAGCAGUGCCAUUGUGUUUUGUUAAUAGUCCUAACCCUCUCCCUUCUGCAGUAUUGAAGCUAGGUAAUAAAAUAUCCACCCUGAAACAAAAGGCUGAGAAUUCCCUUGCAAGAGUUGCCGUGCUCCUGGAAACACCAGGCGUGCAGCUGAAAGGGCUUCGUGCUAAGGUGGAAUUCUAGCCCUCACAUUAAAGGUACAAUGCUUACCUCCCCCUGUUCCUGCCAAACUGUGUUCUAACCACCUCCUUUUGAAAUUAAAACCUCACGAGGUUGGUCCAAGGCCAUCACCCUGCCUUUGUGCUUAUGCUCCAUGAUUGCAAUCAGCUCCAGCCCCAGCCCCAACCCAUGCCAUGUCUCUGGCAUGUCAAGCCUAUGCUGCUGUAAUCUGGCAUUUAAUCCUAACCUGCUUGCUGGGUGAAUGAGGAGACCGUGCUCAGCUGGGGAUGACAUUCUUUGUAAAGCUGCUCCAUGAGCCAGCUCAUGACCCUCACUUCCAUCGCCCCCCUACCACAAAGCACUAGCCUAUAGGCAGCCUCUCCUAAUGUCUUCACUGGUUGAAUCUGUGCCUGCCCUGGAUGGAAAUCUGACUACACAGGUCAAGUUUAGGGCUGGCCUCUAUUGCAGUAGGAAGGUGUAGGGAGGUUUUCUGUGGAGUCCUUAGCUGCUAACCUGCAGGGGUGGGGAUUUCUUUUAAUGGCACUAAACACAGAGGGCAAUCUCUCCACCUGCUGCACUUUUUAGGAGUGGCCAAACACAUGCCCGCUUGCUGUUGCAUUUCAAGUGGCUGCUCAUGCACUGUGGUAGCUGUGAAGAGGCUCUGAUCUGAGCUUGGAGAGACCGUAAGGUUUGCAUUGAAAACCCUUUUAGUUGCAGCUCACCUAUUGCUUUGGCUUCAUAUCCAGACGGAUACUCUUCACAUUAACCUUUGUCCUCUUUGCACCCUACUCCAACUUGUUUCAGAAACAGGAUGACCGAAACAGUCCUGCCCCUUCCCCUAUCCCCAAGAGUUCAAAGAAAUCCAGCUGGUACAAGGGCAGGGAGAAAUACACGAUAGCAUCUUUCCCUCUCCUUUUAGUGUGAAAAGCUCCCUAUUUUUGUUUUAAUCUAAUAUUAAAAAUGGAAAUCCCAACCUGUAAGCUAUUGAAGAAAUAAAGCCUUUGGAUCAUGCUGGCA